ACAAGCCUUCAUAUUGGAUUAUCAUAAAGAUUCAGCCUUUCGUGAAAUGUUUUCAACAAAAACUAAAUAUCUAUACUCUCCACAAGAUUUGAAGUUUCUAACUAAUAAGAUGUGUCUCUUUCUUCUUUCUCAAUUUCGAAAAAUUUAUAAAAAAAAUGAAGAGACAAGUUUAAUUAGUAACAAAAUUCCAUCUUUAAAAAAAUGGACCAAAAAAAACUUACAGACCAUUUACGAUCUUCCUACUUUAGGACAAUUGGAGACAACAAGCAUGCCAUCCGGAUAUAGUACCUUAUCACCCCCAUUAUUUGAUGGCUGUGAUUAUUGCCAUCUUCAACCAUGCUCUUUGAUUACUGAUUCCAACCUCUUGCCUACUAUGUUUAGAGAAAGCUUCUCCUACAAGAACGACACCAUUAACGUUAUUGUUAUUGAUAAUAAUAUCCUAGUAAAAAUCCAAAGAGUCGAUCAAAACGUUGCAAGAAUUUAUUUUACAAAUGGUCAAAGAAAUUCCAUCCGAAUUCUAGCCGGGAUAACACUCAGAGAUCUGACUAAUAAUACAAAUGUACCACGCAUAGUGGCAGCCGGUGCUGAAAGUUACAUGAUAACUUGGGUUACGAACUAUGAAUUGUGGUAUAAUGGCGGUGAAGUUCUUAAUUUGGACAACCAAAAACAACAGUCAAUGAGGGUACCUCCAGAAUAUGCUACUUAUAUUGAAUAA